AUGAAGGCAACUAAGAUAUCAAGAAAUUAAGGAUAUUUUUGAAUAGAAAAUGAAAAAGCUUUUAUCAAUAAAUCCUCGUAUUUUCUAUAGAAAUAUUGUUUCUACAAAACCUGUUAGAGCAGCACCACCAGCUGGUUUUCGUCCACAGCCACCAGCUAAAUCACAGGCGACAAAAUCAUCUAUUAUAGAUAAAGCAGGAGAAUACUUCUUACUUCCAGAAAUGCUUCGUGGAAUGUAUGUUGCUUUAGAACAGUUUUUUCGAACACCAUAUACACUGUUUUAUCCGUUUGAAAAAGGGCCAGUUUCUCCACGUUUUAGAGGAGAACAUGCUCUUCGUCGUUAUCCAACAGGAGAGGAACGUUGUAUUGCAUGUAAACUCUGUGAGGCAGUUUGUCCAGCUCAGGCUAUUACUAUUGAAGCAGAAGAACGUGCAGAUGGCUCCCGUCGGACAACACGAUAUGAUAUAGGUAUUUUGAUUGACUAUGAUAGUCUAUGUAUCAUGGACUUACUGGGCCUAGAUAUGACAAAAUGUAUUUAUUGUGGAUAUUGCCAGGAAAGCUGUCCAGUUGAUGCUAUUGUUGAGACAGCAAAUGUUGAAUAUGCAACAGAAACACAUGAAGAGCUCUUGUAUAACAAAGAAAAGCUUCUUGCUAAUGGUGAUAAAUGGGAAGCUGAGAUUGCCAAGUCAAUUCAAGCCGAUCACCAUUAUCGUUAG